AUGGCCCUUUGCUUGUGCUCAGACUGGAACCUGCGGCGGCCUCCGCACCCCGUGGUGCUGCAGCGGAUCGCGGAGGUGUGGGAUCAAGUCCCCAAGAAGGUCAUCAUUGAAGCGUUCCGCCACUGUGGGAUUUUAAGCAAGCUGGACGGGACGAAGAACUACCUGGUGAUGUCUCACCUGCGCGCCAGGAGCACCACCGAUGUCUCCGAAGACAUGUGCCUCGAGGGAACCACGGGCGACAAUACGCGCCUGAUUGGGCGGGCUCCAGAGGAGGAGGAGGAGGAGGAGAUGCAGUUGGAGGGCGUGAGGGAGGUGGUAGUGGCAACCGGCCUGGAUGUGUUGUACCAGGAGACCCCCAACUACCGCGGAGCGGCGGCUGAGGCUGACCGCAUGAUCGAGCCUAGGGAGACGGCUAGGCAUGCCUGGCGAGUGCCAGACCUGGGUGUAAGGGAGCCUGCUGUUAGUGCAGGUGAGGAUGCCAUGACUGAGUUGGGCUAG